GUGCCACCAAGGACCCCCCCCCCCCACACACACACACACACCACCACCACCACCACCACCACCACCACCUUACUUGGCUGGGGGUGUCCAUGUUGAAAUGUGAAGAAGUGAAAGUGCAGGCUGACGUUCAUCAUUUCUGAGAAGUGUGUGUCCCAUGACUAACUUCAAAGUCCUCUUUGGCUUCUUCUGAGGCAGGUCACAUGACUUCUUCAUGCUUAAAUUGUGCAGCGAGCACUUGUGGACCACACACAGCAUGAAGAUCUGCGUUCUGCUCACAUUCGGCUGCCUGCUUGCCCUCAUUCACGGCAUGCCACCCCUCAGCCAAGACUACAAUACACACUGCCGCUGCUUGCAGGCUGAGACCAGGAUCAUUCCACCGGACAGACUGAGGAACAUCAAGCUGGUCCCUAAAGGGCCCCAUUGCACCAACGCAGAGGUCAUAGCCAUCCUGGCGAGUGGCCAGCGCGUCUGCCUGGAUCCUCAAUCCUUGUGGGUCAGGAAGCUGGUCCGCUUUGUACUGGACAAGCAGCUUCAUCAGAGGAUGGGUGUGCAACGCUCCCGGGGUCCAGCGUGAUGACACAACAACACAACCGCUUCUUGUUUGAAUGUCUUAAUAAUAUUUUUUUUUCUUUUGACGAGCGUAUCAGCAGCUUUCCGCUUUACUUAGCAAACUAGCGACUGUUUAAUGGUGUGAACAAACAUUUUGUUGCAUGUAAACAAAAAAACAUUAAAAGUGCCCUGAUCUGAUUGAUGGUGUUACAUUAAGGGAAGGCCAGUGCCUCGUUUUGGCCUUUUGGAGGAAGACUCUAAAAGGAGUUGGAAUUAGGCCAUUAAGAAUCAUUAUUGGCUUAAUUGUUAUGAAUUGUCAUCACCUCGAGGCACCACCCUGAGACAAC